AAGCGGAAGAAGCUUUUUGUAACUCCAGAGAAGAGUUUGACAUUGAAAACAUUGACAUUUGUGAAUGCAUUUAAAACUUGCACACAAUUUGUGAACGAAACUCGUUUGCAAAAGAAACAUUAGACAAAACAACAAUCAUGAGUCCAGGGGAAAGGCUUGAUCUAGACAAGCCUAUGUGGUCACAGGACACUUUUAUGGGUCGGCUCAAGUACUUUGCAUGGAUUACAGACCCUAGACUCAGUGUGUGCUCCAGCAAACAGCUUUAUGAUGCUAAAACAUUGCUACAGCAGUACAGAGCAGGUACAGAACCACCCGGCACUGACCCAAAGAAAGUGUGGCGCGCUCAGCAGCUCUACCUGUCUGCUUUCCACCCAGACACGGGAGAUCUGCAGAAUGUGAUUGGUCGAAUGUCCUUCUACGUGCCUGGAGGCAUGGUGCUCAUCAGUGGAAUGGUGGCUUUUUAUAAGUCCAAUGCAGCAGUCAUAUUUUGGCAGUGGGCCAACCAGUCAUUCAACGCUCUAGUCAACUAUACAAACAGAAAUGCCGAGUCGGAAAUUACUCCACAGAGAAUAGGAGUAGCCUACGUAUCUGCCACAGGCUCUGCAUUAGCUGUGGCCCUAGGCUUGAAGGGGCAGCUGGCAAAGCGUGCCUCUCCUCUGAUGCAGAGGUUUGUUCCUUUUGCUGCUGUUGCCGCAGCCAACAUGGUGAACAUUCCUCUGAUGAGGCAGAGCGAGUUAUUGGAUGGUAUAGCAGUAUAUGAUGAGAACAAUCGCAAAGUGACAGAGUCGCGCUAUGCAGCUGUCAAAGGCAUCAGUCAAGUCACGUUCAGUCGUAUACUCAUGGCUGCACCAAGCAUGUUAUUGCUGCCUGUGAUGAUACAAAGGUUUGAGACCACGGCAUGGUUUAAACGCUAUCCAUACAUCAAUGGACCAAUCCAAAUUGGCUUGUCAGGAAUUAUGUUGUUAAUUAUGGUCCCUAUUGGAUGUGCUCUCUUCAACCAAAAAAGCUCAAUUGCUGUUUCCCGUCUAGCCACUAUGGACAAGAAAGACCUGUCUGUACUGGAGAGCCAGUUUGGUUCUUUACCCGACCGUGUGUACUUCAACAAGGGCUUGUGAGGGGACAGUUAGCGUUGUAUAGCUUACGAGACAUUAUAUUAUGUGAUUAACUUGUUAUAUCUUAUAUGUUAAAGAGAAACGAAGAUCAAUGGUGCUGGUUAGGAUUUUUUUUAUGUAUUUGAUAUACCGAAAUUAAUAUAAGUUUUCAGACACUUUAAAAUAAUAAAUUUUGUUCGUGUCUGAAAAUUUAGAUACACAAAAUAUUCAAUAAUUACAGGUGUCCAAAAAUUAAGACAAAAAUUAAGGUGUCUGAAUAUUAUAAUUAAAGUAAAUGCAAACAAGAUAUGUGUUUGUCAGAAACACUAUGUCCCCUUUUGCGCCUCUUUGAAGCUAUAAAUUUGACCUUUGACCUUGAAGGAUGACCUUGACCUUUCACCACUCAAAAUGUGCAGCUCCACGAGAUAGGCAUGCAUGCCAAAUAUCAAGUUGCUAUCUUCAUAAAUUGCAAAAGUUAUUGCAAAUGUUAAAGUUGGCGCUAACAAACAAACACCCAAACCAACUGACAGGGCAAAAACAAUACAUAAAAAUCAAUGUACAAUAUUUUUGUGUGUGAUUAACUCUUCUUUUUCUGCUUUAAAAACUCUUGCCUGAAAUGAUAUAGAACAAAACGUAAAAACAGAAAACAAUCUGCUUCCAUACUAGGACAACACUGUUUCAACUGCUGUUGGGAAAAUCCAUUGUUUUCUACCAUUAUACAUUGUUAUUUACCCAAUAAGGAGAAUGUCAGGGUCCAUUCCCCUCAGGCAUGCAUUUGCCAGGUUUUAUGACCUUAAUCUGGUUAUAAUUACAACUUCUGUCACUUUUAUAUUAAUGCUUCAUUCUGAUUGGAUAAUUUGUUCACAUGACCAGUUUUUCAUUUUCCAAUGAACCCACUUUGUAUGCACAUUUUAACAUAAAUAUUCAUGGCGCUACUUUCUGGUAAUAAACAAGUUGCCAAAAUGACAUUAUGUUUUGGGCAAAACUUAAACGAUAUACCCAUUUGACGGUGAUGCAACCUAACUGAAAAUAGAUUCAUACGCUAGAUAAACAAGGACUUUUAUGUCCCUUACCACGAUAGAAUUUCAGCUUUAAGAUCAUUUUGUGUUGUAAUUAUUAAAAUUGAACAGCAUUUUUUUGCAUUUCAUCGGUGUAAAAGGGAAAAGAACACCUAAUUUAUGCACAAACGCCGUCGGCGUUUAUGCAGAUUAGACAUAAUUUUUCCAACAGUUCAUACACCAAUAAAAUGCAGAAAAAUGCUAUUCAAUUCUUAAGUAAAAAUCCAUGAUCGCAUUGUCACAAGAUAAGCGAAAACAGGGCAGAUAACUGUAGAAUAGGGCGGUAAAAUAUACUGUCCGAAAAUUAAGAGCUGAGGCAUUAAUUUUGGACAAAAGUCCGUAAAUUAAGUCACGAAAAAUCAUUGUUUUUGCUAAAAAAGAGACUGUAUGAAAUCUUAGGGCCAAAAACUUAGAGAAAUUAUGGUAAACAAUUCAUUUUUUUCUUUGUAUAAUAAUGUAUAUGAACCAUGUUCUAGAAUAUCUAGGCUUAAUGCAAGUGUGUAAAGUAUUGUCCCUAGUUAGUGUUUUAAAGAAGUCUCUUCUAAAUUAAAAUCUAGUUUAGGCUUAAAGUGUCAUCUCUGAUUAGCCUGUUCGAUCUGCACAGGCUUCUCUGGGAUGACACUUUUCGCACAUGCAUUAAGCCCAGUUGUCCUAGAACGCUGCUCAUUUGUUAAAAGGACACAAUGCUAAAUGGGGCUGCCUAUGGUUGGUGUACUUAACAGUGAUAUAUUUAAACUGAUUUUACUUUGUAUAUAAUACUCAGAUAUGUGACAUUGUACCCUAUUUAAAAGUGUCCUGUAUUAAAUGUAGGCUGAUUGACAGGUCUGUGUGCCUCCACUAUGUGAACAAGCAUAAAGAAUCAUGUUACUUGUCAGAAAACUUGAAAGUUAUGCAAUGGACAAUUCUUAAACUAAUGUGUCCCGUUCUGAGAAAACUAGGCAUAAUUCAUGUGCGUUAAGUGAUGUCCCAGAUUAGCCUGUGCAGUCUGCACAGGCUAAUCAGGGACGACACUUGCUGCUUUUAUGGUAUUUUUCAUUUAAAGAAAGUCCCUUCUUACCAAAAAUCUUGUUUAGGCGAAAAGUGUUGUCUCUGAUUAGCCUGUGCAGAUUGCACAGGCUAAUCUGGGACAACACUUUCAACACAGGCAUUAUGCCCAGUUUUCUCAGAACUGGACACAAAUGAUGCAUGUGCAGAUUAACACGUCUCAUACAUUUCCCUCAGCUUUACUCUAUUGGUUGACAUGGACAACAUAAUACAAGUAUUUAAUAUUAAUAUUUCUUCACAGAAACGUGAUUAUACUUUUAUACUGCAAAAUUGUACACUAGUUUACUAAUGGGAUUUAAAUUUAUAUUUAUGAUUUGCUAAUGAAGUAAAUGAUUUUGUGCUAAAGUUGUUAAUUUAUUUGAAGUUAAUUUAUAGAGGAUAUUGGUUGGACUCGGUGGAUUAUCGAUUUUAAUUCACGAGUGAUCAUAGAAAAUAAUAUUAUAUAUAUAUAUUUUCUUUGAUCAAGAGUGAAUUAAAAUCGAUAGUCCACUGAAUCCAACAAAUUUUCUUUUUAUUUUAUGCUUUUUUUCACAGUUUAUAUGCAUUUUUAAACAGUUUAACUGAAGAAUUUCGCUGGGAUAUGACAUCAUUUCGUGACAAAAAAGACGUCAUUUCACAAAAAAUAGUGAAAUUAUUAUCGAUAAUGUUCACUGAUAAUUUUCACAGUUUGCAACAGUGAAAUUAUCAGUUUUAAUUCACUGAUAUUUCUCUAUAAACCACCGGAAAGCAUAAAAUAAAUUUGAAUAAUUCAGGUUUUGAUUAGAUGUACUGCAUUAUUGUUAGACAUGUAUUGUCAUUUUGUUUUACAACUCAAAUUUGUUGUUUACAAUGUGAAUAUCAUAAAUUAUAAAUGAAAAUCAUUUUUUAAAUGCAAUUCUUUACUUUACAAAUACAAAAGCAUUAAAUUACCAUAUAUUUACACGUACAUGUACUAGGUAGUGAGACAAUUUUUGUCUGUAUUUUGUCAAUUGAAUUAAGAAUAUAAAACAAUAUUUCUUAUUUGUUAACAAAUUGCACCUUUUUGUCAUUUUUUUUCCACUUGCAAGAUUUUGAACAUGUGAUGUUUUGCUAUCAUUUGUAUUCACAUUUGUUUUUAAAUUUAAUAUUACACAAUACAUGAUUUUGCUAUUGCUGUUUUGUUAACUUCAAUGUAACAUUUGGUUAUACAUAUCAAGAUUAUAAUUAAAAAAUA